CUGGGUUUACUGUGUUCGGAUUUGGCAUAACUCAGUCAACACCGUCGGCGACUUCCAUCCCCAUUCCACCUCUCUGGUAUCGUAAUUUUGUUUCCUGCAACAAAACCCUAAAACCUGAAAUUCCAGCAAAAGGGCGAGUCAAAUUAAUAAUCUAAUAAGGACCGAAAAAUGCAUUUUCGGAUUGUGAAAAUUUUCGUCGCUUCUGUGGAGAUUAGAUUACCAUCGUGAUUCUUGAAGAAAUGGCGUCCGAGAUCGAGGUUGUUGACGAAGGAGAUAGCCGAGAUCGCCAGACGGGUCGCACUGGCGGUGGCUCGGCGGAGACGAACGGCGUGGAUGAAGGUGAUGAUAGUCUUCGGAACGAUGUGUACACGGCAGCGGCGUAUGGUCAUAUGGAGAAGUUGCAUAGGUUGGUGGAGUGUGAUGGAUGCUCGGUUUCUGAACCGGAUGGGCUUGGGUAUUAUGCGUUGCAGUGGGCGGCUUUGAACAAUCGGACCGCGGCGGCGCAAUAUAUUCUCGAGCACGGAGGGGACGUAAAUGCAGUUGAUCACACUGGACAGACUGCACUGCAUUGGAGUGCUGUGCGGGGUGCAUUCCAGGUUGCGGAGCUCUUACUCAAGGAGGGUGCUCGUCUCAAUGCAGCUGAUUUGUAUGGCUAUCAGGCAGCUCAUGUUGCGGCACAGUAUGGUCAGACAGCCUUCCUUCAUCAUAUUGUUACGAAGUGGAAUGCUGAUCCUGAUAUUCCUGAUAAUGAUGGAAGAAGCCCUCUACAUUGGGCUGCUUAUAAAGGUUUUGCUGAUUGUAUACGGCUUCUUCUAUUUUUGGAUGCACAUAGAGGACGCCAGGAUAAAGAAGGUUGCACUCCCCUCCAUUGGGCUGCCAUUAGAGGGAACUUAGAGGCAUGCACGGUGCUAGUGCAAGCAGGGAAGAAGGAGGACUUGAUGGUGACUGAUAACACUGGAUUUACACCAGCACAACUUGCUUCUGAUAAGAAUCACAGACAAGUUUCUUUUUUCCUUGAAAAUGCAAUAAAGGUGCAUGGUAAACGGUGCGAUGAGAACAGUUACCUUGGGAAAAUUUCAAAACUAGGGCUUGCACCUAUACUUUGGUGUAUAAUCCUUGUGUUACUAAUAACCUUUAUCCAUUCAGUCAUCACGGCAUCAAAUCUGCCAGAGUUAACAGUUGCAUUUGCGCUUUUUUCCUGGUUGGGAGUUUUACUUGCAUCUGCUGGCCUAGUAAUGUUUUAUAGGUGUAGCAGCAAGGAUCCAGGUUACAUCAGAAUGGACUUACGUGAUUCAGAAAACCAGAAAGAUGAUGAACCUUUGUUGAAGGUUGAGUUAAAUCAUCCUGCUUUGCUGGCUGGGAAUUGGUCUCAGCUCUGUGCAACAUGCAAGAUUGUCAGACCACUUCGCGCAAAGCAUUGUUCUACAUGUGAUCGUUGUGUUGAACAGUUUGACCAUCAUUGUCCUUGGGUGUCAAAUUGUAUUGGGAAGAAAAACAAGUGGGAUUUCUUCAUAUUUCUUAUUCUAGAAGUUUCUGCAAUGCUGGUUACUGGUGUAGUUGCUCUUAUAAGACUAUUGAAAGAUCCAACCGCUCCAUCUUCUUUUGGGGCAUGGAUGAACCAUGCUGGCACUCAGCAUAUAGGGACUGUAUCAUUUCUGAUUGUGGACGUCUUCCUCUUUUUUGGUGUGGCAGCCUUAACUAUCGUACAAGCUUCUCAGAUAUCUCGCAACAUAACAACAAACGAAAUGGCAAAUGCAAUGCGCUAUGGCUAUCUUAGAGAUCCAGGUGGUCAUUUCAAAAAUCCAUAUGAUCAUGGCAUCAGGAAGAACUGUUCAGAUUUCUUUAUCAAAGGAUACAAUGAAGAUGUAGAGUAUACUGAAGAACCAAAUCAUUCCGGCACUGGAAUGAUGCAGAUGGCAAGGAGUUCAAAUUUGCAAAAUAGGGAGAACCAUUCUCAUCAUAUCAGGAGUAAUGCCCAUGUUUCCAUUGACGUGGAUUCUAAGAGCACCAGACCUAAUCAUGCACGUGCGCACUCCUGGCAAUGCAGCCGUAACCAUGGAAAGGCCAAUGGGCUCCCAUUAGGGCUGGGUGUUGGCCUUGGAAGGAACAAUGCUCGUUCUAUUGUAAUCUCAUGAUAUCAAAACAUGGCAACCCACCAACUCCUCCGAAGUCCCCCACCCCACCAAAAAAAAAAGAAAAAAGAAAAGCGAAAGAAGAAAAAAAUUCCAUCAUCAUGGGUGCAUUGUAGUCUUUUGUAGCUGUAAUUGAUUAUGUGCAUACACAAACGGUUAGUCCCUUCAGUAAUAUAAUUUAUUAUUGCAUUUUUCUGAGGUUUCA